AUGUUCGGUAGGGGGAGCUUCAAAGCUAGAAGCCACAUAUAUGUGGGUCGCGUCCCUGAUCCGCUCCGGCUGUGGCUCGUGCACGGCGACAACUUCACCUACCUCCCGCGCCGUCGCGAGAAACAACCCAGAUCCGGUCGGCAGUGGAUGCAGCUCGCCACAAUGAAUCGGAUAUCAAUGAUUCUGCUGCUACUAUGCGGCUUCGUCGCUCUCGUCAGCGCAAACUCACCAACAUUCUGCAAAUGCACCUGCUUCAAAAACAGCACCAUCGUAGCACUGGGCCCCCAAAAAGCAGACGGCGAACCACCAGGCAACGCUCCUCCGUCCAGUCGCGAUACCUCCUCCUCCUCGCUCCUCAACAAGCGCGCCGCCUCCUCCUCCUGCUCGCAAUGCACAAAGGCCUUUUGCCUCAGCCGCGGCAUCGACUUCUGCAGCAAGGCUAAAGACGAAGACGUUCAGACCAUGUGCUUCCAGCGCGACAGCAACAAGGACCGCGUCAUUGUGUGGGGGUUCCUGCUAGGCACAUCGGGUUUGCUGGGGAAUAUCACGGGACGGUACAGCAUCAAGCUGUUGGCAUCACCAAAGUUUACAAAGUUGAAGGAGACUCAAGAAGCCGUUUUGCGAAGCUAUCUAUCUCUCCAAAUUGUCCUCGGCGCCCUCGAGCAACCCAGGACGCAUGUAUCAUGA